AUGGCGGGCGAGCGGCGGCGGCGCGGCGGGGACGGGCCCCGGGAGCGGCCCCGGGAGCGGGGGCUGCGGGGGAGCGGGAGGAGCCGCCGCGGGGGGGGGGGCCGCGGGCGGGCGGCGGCGGGGGCGGGGGCGCUGGCGGUGCUGGCGCUGGGGCUGGCGGCGGUGGAGUGGGGCCGGUGGAGCGCGGCCUCCCGCCUCGUCACCCCCCACCCCGCGCCCCCCGCGCUGCCCCCCGGUUCCACCGGGCCCCUCGCCUCGCCCCGCCGCUUCUGGGGCACGUACCGGCCUCACGUCUACUUCGGGAUGAAGACGCGCAGCCCGCGGGCUCUCGUCACCGGCCUGAUGUGGCUGCAGCAGCGCGGGGGGGGCGGCGGCAGCUUGCGGCACACGUGCGAGCAGAGCGACGGGCUGUCGCGCUACGGCUGGCUGAUGCACGACGGGGAGAACUUCGGGGCGCAGGAGCUGCGCGACGGGGGGCUGCUGCUCACCACCGAGUUCGUCAAGCGGCCGGGGGGGGAGCACGGCGGGGACUGGAGCUGGCGCGUCACCGCGCGGGCUGAGGCGGGGGGUGGCCCGGCCCCCCUCCUCUCCCUCUUCUUCUACGUCGCCACGGACGAGCAGGGGACGCUGGAGCCGCGCCUGGAGAACGGGACGCGCCUGGCCGCCGUGACGGGGGCAACGGAGGAGCUGGGACGCUUCACCCUCACCUUCCUCCGCCCCACCGCCGGCAGCGGGGAGGACCCCAAAUUUGCCAGCUACAACUACCUGGAGGCGCCGAGCCCCGGCCUGCACCGCCUGACCGAGCUGGUGCGCCGCAGCCUGAGCGACCGCUUCGUCUUCGCCCCGCCGGGGAAGCCGCGCCGCCGCUACUUUGCCGUCGACGCCUUCGGGGGUUUCCCAGGGGAGCCCCCCCGGGGCCGCCUGCUGCUUCACCAGGUGACGCUGGAGCUGCCGGCCGUGGCGGAGGUGACCUUCGAGUCGGGCAGCGCCGGGGGCCGGCCCGGGCGGCUGGCGGGGGGCACGCUGUCGGCGGCGCUGGCGCGGCACGCGGCCGCGUUCGAGCGGCGUUUCGAGGAGACCUUCGGGCUGGCCCGCAAGGGCUUCCCCCCGCCGCAGCAGCGCUUCGCCCAGGCCGCCCUCAGCGAGCUCCUGGGCGGGAUGGGCUACUUCCACGGGCGCUCGCUGGUCCAGUCGCCGCUGCAGGAGCGCCCGCUGCCCGCCGCCGAGGCCGCCCUCUUCACCGCCGUCCCCUCCCGCUCCUUCUUCCCCCGCGGCUUCCUCUGGGACGAGGGCUUCCACCAGCUGCUGCUGGCGCGCUGGGACCCGGCGCUGAGCCGCGAGGUCAUCGCCCACUGGCUGGACCUGAUGAACGUCGAGGGCUGGAUCCCCCGCGAGCAGAUCCUGGGCGAGGAGGCGCGGGCCAAGGUGCCCCCCGAGUUCCUGCUGCAGCGCAGCGAGACGGCCAACCCCCCCACGCUGCUGCUGGCGCUGCAGGGGCUGCUGCCCGCCGCCCCCCUGCCCUACCUGCGCCGCCUCUUCCCCCGCCUGCGCGCCUGGUACGACUGGUUCAACCGGACGCAGGCGGGGCCGCUGCCCCUCACCUUCCGCUGGCGCGGCCGCGACCCCCAGCCCGAGCUCUUCCUCAACCCCAAGACGCUGGCCUCGGGGCUGGACGACUACCCCCGCGCCUCCCACCCCUCGCCCGAGGAGCGGCACCUGGACCUGCGCUGCUGGAUGGCGCUGGCCGCCCGGGUGCUGGCGGAGGUGGCCGAGCGGCUGGGCGAGCCGGCGGGGCCCUACCGGGCGGCCGAGCGGGCGCUGAGCGACAACGGGCUGCUGGAACGGCUGCACUGGGCGCCGGAGCUGGGCGCCUUCGCCGACUACGGCAACCACAGCGCCGCCGUGGGGCUGCGCUGGCAGCCGGCCGUGCCGGCCGCCCCGGGGAGACCCCCGCCAGCCCCCCGGCUGGUGCGGGAGGUGCGGGAGGCGCCCCGGCCGCGCUUCGUGGCGGCCCUGGGCUACGUCAGCCUCUUCCCGCUGCUGCUGCAGCUGCUGCGCCCCGACUCGCCGCGGCUGCCGGCGCUGCUGGACGCCAUGCGGGGCGAGCGGCAGCUCUGGACGCCUUUCGGGCUGCGCUCCCUGUCCCGCGACAGCCCGCUCUACAUGCAGCGCAACACCCAGCACGACCCCCCGUACUGGCGCGGCUCCGUCUGGGUCAACGUCAACUACCUGGCGCUGCGGGCGCUGCGCGGUUACGCCGAGGCCGAGGGGCCGCAGCGGGAGCGGGCGGCCGAGCUCUACCGCGACCUGCGCCGUAACCUGGUGGGCAACCUGUACCGGCAGUACGCCGAGAGCGGCUUCCUCUGGGAGCACUACAGCGACAGCACCGGCCGCGGACAGGGCUGCCACCCCUUCGCCGGCUGGUCCGCGCUGGUCGUGCUGGUGAUGGCCGAGGACUACUAGGGUGGGGCCCGCCCACGCCCACGCCCACGCCCACCUUUCUCAGGUGGGGGUGGAGGCGCAGAUCCCCCCCCCUCCUCCCCCAAAAAUAAACCUCCUCCAGCGUG